AGGACAUAGAGUUGCCAUCAUCAUCAACCUCGAGAAUCUGAGCAUCAUGGCGGAGGAGGACGGUGACGCGGCUGUCGCAGACAAGCUCUCGGACUUGCAAGUGAGCGGUGAUGGAGACCUGGGCGAGCUCAACCUGGACAAGAAGAAGAAGAAGAAGAAGAAAGCAGCAGUAGUUGACAUGGAGGCUGUGAACGGAGAGGACGAGGGAGCAGAGGAGGAUGCUGAUGCAGCAGCAGGCCUGGAUUUGUCACUUGGCAAAAAGAAAAAGAAAAGAAAGCCUAAGGCUCGCACGGAUGAGGAGUUUGGUGCGCUUGUGGAGGACACAGAAGCUGCACCAGAUGGUGAGAAGGAGAACGACGACGAUGGAUUGCCAGGCCAGCCCAAGCUGCCCUGGGAUGGCACAGAUCGCGAUUAUACUUACCAAGAGCUUUUGGAUCGUGUGUUUGGCAUCCUGCGGGAGAACAACCCAGAGCUCACAGGAGAAAAGCGCCGAACCAUCAUGAAGCCACCACAGGUGGCGCGUGAAGGCACCAAGAAGACUGUGUUCACCAAUUUCCUGGAGUUGUGCAAGGCCAUGAACAGGCAGCUAGAGCACGUGCAGGCCUUCCUGCUGGCCGAGCUAGGAACGAGUGGCAAUCUGGAUGGCCAGUCACGGCUGGUUGUCAAAGGCCGCUUCCUGCCAAAGGCAUUCGAGGGAGUGUUGCGACGAUAUGUCAAUGAAUAUGUCUUGUGCAACAGCUGCAAGAGCCCUGACACCCUCCUGGAUCGUGACUCUGCCACCCGCAUCAUGUUCUUACGCUGCCAGCAGUGCGGAGCUUCAAGAACCGUGGCACCAAUCAAGGCUGGAUUUGUGGCGCGGACAUCUCGCAGAAUCAAGACUUAAGUUGAGCUUAGCAGGAUUCAAUUACCAAGUUAUUGGAAUCGGGAUCAUUGUGCUUGCUAGGAAUGCCUGCCAUCUAGCUGCACUUUCCCUGCAGUGGAUAAAGGCAAUCUUGUCAUGUCUCUGAAAGAACGCAGGUGAAGCAUGCAUGGCUGUUAAAGGUGUAGACAUUUCCAUUGAAAUGACAUCUCUCAAUCUAAGACCUCGGAAGGAUUCCUCCAGUCAUGAUGCACCCUUUGAAACACCUCCCGAGUGCAUAAUAAAUCUGCAAUUGAUUGUGUGGC